AUGAAGUCCGCCUUUGGGGUUAUUUUUACUGCGGCAUUGGGCACUGCCCUGCCACACGUUGGUUGGUCAACUCCGGCUGCCGGCUCCAGCAAUAUCAAUGCGACCAAUGAAUCGAAGUUGCCGUGGGUCAAUGUCGAUUCUAUCGAUUCUAACGAUUUCGACAAGUGUAUGGAGACCUCGAGGCGUAUGUCUGAGGCGUCUCCUCCAUCGGGCGAAACUGUCAAUAGAGUCUGCGGAACGGAGAACUUCUGUGGGGAGUUUAACCCGGCUUUUUGGUCAAAGCAAGAGGACGAAUUUAAGAAAUUAACAGAAAAUUACGGCUUCGCAAACACUCAAGCAUGCUUUGAUGCCCACGAACAGAAGCCCGCGGUCUCCCAGUAA